AUGGGAGGCGGUGAUCUCAAUUUGAAAAAGUCGUUCCACCCAACGCUUCGGCGUAAUCAGGCGGCUGUUUACGAUGAAGAACAAAAGGCUUUGGCUGAGCGCAAGCGGACGCAACAGCGUAUCGAUGAAAUCAAAGAAGAGCGCGCCAAAGAGGAGCUGCAGCGGCAACUCGAGGCCGCCGGAGGAAAGAAGCGGGUGGACCGAGUCGACUGGAUGUACCAGGGGCCGACCGACGGCCAGGCCGACACAAAAGACGCCACCGCCAUCACAGCCGCGAUCGAGACAGAGAGCGCGAUCACGACCGCUCGCGCAGGCUCCGACGUCAUUCGCGUUCACGGUCUCGAAGCCCGCGCCGGCGCCGGUCUGAUUCUCACGACGACGACGGAGGCGCUAGACGGUCGAGAGGUGAUCUCGAAGAACGAAAUUCUCGACGUCGCCGUGAUUCAACAGACAAAAGAUAUGGCGGGCGAGACGACGCACAUAGACACGAUGACAGAAGCGCCAGAAGGUCGAGAGAUGACUUUGACGAACGCAAUUCUCGAGUCAACCCGGGCGGUCCAAGGGGCAGAAGACAUGAUGUGCGAGACGACACACGCAGAGAUGACGACAGGUCGCCCGGAAGAGAGCGCGACUCGAACGCUAGGCAACCGCGACAUGGGUCUCCUGGAAAUGAUGGCUCUCGCCACCGCGACUCAAAUGACAGAAGAGGAGAUCGGCCCUGGCAUGGCCGAAAUGGUGAUGGAAGACAUAACGGACGCUGCAAGCGAACUGGACCAGGAUCGCAGCGACCGGCUGGCCGCGAUUGACGAAAAGGAUCGCCUCGCCCGAGACGCAGAUGAUAAGGCGCGGGAGCGCAAUGGCGAUAGAGCGUUCGCGAAUGGACUGCAUCAGCAAGCCGGAGAUUUGGAUCUCGGAGCUAGAAUGGGACGCAACAAGCAUGGUUUUCAGAAAGACGACGAUUGA